AGGCGGCGCGGCGGGGCCGGGGGGAGAUGGCGGCGGGGGGAGGCGGGGAGCAGGGCUCGGCCGUGCUGGAGCUGCCUCGCGGCCCGCGGCUGGUGUGCGUGGAGUACCCGGGCCUGGUGCGCGACGUGGGCAAGAUGCUGCAGACUCUGGGGGGAGACGAGGGGGUGUCCCGGAUAUAUGCCGACCCUGGAAAAAGGCUCGAGUUGUACUUCCGCCCCAAGGAUCCCUACUGCCAUCCUGUGUGUGCCAACCGUUUCCCUACCUCCUCCAUGCUGUUCAAGGUAAAGAGGAAGAUCAGGAGGAAGCAGCUGGAAGCUGAAGGAGAAACCCAACAGGAAGUCAAGUUUGAAAUGGAAGUUCUUGGGGUUGUCUCCACUGUUUACAAAUUUCAAGGAAUGUCUGAUUUCCAGUACCUGGCAAUGCAUUCUGGACCUGAUAGCAAACAGAUCUCUAUGUAUGACAAGGUCUUGAUGCUCAAACCAGAAAAGGAGGAAUUCUUCAAUAGGGAAUUGCCCCUCUACAUCCCCCCACCUAUUUUUUCACGUCUGGACACCCCUAUAGACUAUUUCUAUCGGCCAGAUGUACAACACCGGGAUGGCUACAACAAUCCCCAGGUGUCUUGUGAGAACCUGAUCGGCCUCAGCAGAGCACGUCGACCACACAAUGCCAUCUUUGUGAACUUCGAUGAUGAUGACAUCCCCACUAAGCCGCUAGAGCCUGCAGUGCAGACCUGGAAGAAAGUGUGCACCAAUCCUGUGGAUAAAAACGUGGAGGAAGAGCUGAGAAAGCUGUUUGAGAUUCGUCCCGUCUGGUCUCGGAAUGCUGUAAAGGCCAAUAUCAGUGUCCAUCCGGACAAGCUUAAACUUCUGCUACCGUAUUUGGCCUAUUAUAUGCUCACAGGUCCCUGGAGAAGCCUGUGGGUUCGGUAUGGGUAUGACCCCAGGAAACAUCCCGAAGCAAAGAUUUAUCAAGUCCUGGACUUCAGAAUUCGCUGUGGAAUGAAAUAUGGUUACGCACCUAGCGACAUGCCCGUGAAAGCAAAACGCAGCACAUACAAUUACAGUCUGCCCAUCACUAUCAAAAAACCAGUAAGUCACACGGUCAGUGUACAGGACCUAAAACAUGGGCUGGACACAUCGAAUACAUCCAAUGCAAAAAAACCUGCCUCCAGCAGGUACAAACUUAAAGACUCCAUCUAUAUCUUCCAGGAAGGAGAUCUGCCUCCAUAUCGACAGAUGUUCUAUCAGCUCUGUGACUUGAAUGUGGACAGCUUACAGAAAAUCAUCCAUCGGAAUGACGGCACGGAGGCAGAAUGCACAGAACGGGACGGGUGGUGCCUUCAGAAGACCAGUGAUGAUCUGAGGGAUACCAUGUCUCUGAUGAUAAAGCAGAUCAUCAGAUCCACCAGACCCGCUCUGUUUUCGAGUACGUCGAACACCGAAGAUGGCAAAGAACAGCUGACGUACGAUUCUGGAGAGGAAGAGGAUGAAGAAGAGGAGGAGGACUUCAAGCCUUCUGAUGGGAGCGAGAAUGAAAUGGAAACAGAGAUCCUGGACUAUGUGUGACCCAAACUCUUAUAGACAUGGAACUCAUGAAACAGUUGGCUUCCAGCCCAUAACAGCAACAGCUGGAGGUCUCUCAUACUCUAGUGCCAGUUAUCUACAUUUUCAACCAUGAAAUGGAAGAUUUGGCUGCAGCCAGGUGAGUUGCAGGUGUGCGCGGUCUCUGCUGGUUCUCACGGCAGCGAGAAGGGCGUUCCGCAGAGUGCGUGGGCAUGUGCCAGUAUCUGCACGCCUAUUCAGUAUAUAUAGGCACAUGUGCUGGGACAGGCUUGUCUAGCACGCAUCAUGUGUCAUUGGGAGGUUCUGUGCUUUGCCCUAGCCUGCUACCUUGGAGUAGCAAGGGCUACAACAGUAAGUAUGAGGUAGUUCAUUGAUGCAUAACCAUCAGUGUAAAGGUAAAUUGUGUUAGAGUGAAAACAGGCUGCCUGGUUAGAAGAAAAAUGUGCUUUUAAGGUUUUGUAUGCCAUUAGCUAGACGAGAAAACAGAUGUUGUAGCUAUUUUGGAUAGUUACCUAAGACUUCCAUUAAAGGAGACCUGCAAAAGGGGAAAAAGGGGGCUGUGUCCCCUUGCUAUUUUAUAGUAUAUAAAGGGCUCCAACCCAUUUUUUCCUUUCCUUUGCAGUUCUCCUUUAAUGUAUAUCUCGUUGCCUACUACCUCUCCGAUAUAAACCAUCGUCUGCAGCACUCCACUUUCCGGUUUUUCUUUCUUCCUCUUCAUUUUUCUGAGUAAGAAAAGGAAUCUAUUAAGUGCGGAAACCUUGUUGGUACUGCAAUAUAAAGAUCGCAAAUCUGAAUGCACACCUAUUUGGGAAAUACUCAUUUUAACAUUCCAAUGGAAACUUUACACCUGUUUUAUACAGAGUUCUACGUUUAGCCAUUGAAAAUACUAUUAAGGGGUAUGUGUGGGUGAUUCAUUGUUGCCAUUAGAACCUUAAUGUUUGCACUUCCUGAUUCAUGGAUUUUCCAUUUUUUUUCCCUUUUGACCAGGAUUUAAAGAACAGAAACAACUUUAUCUGUGACGCUAUAGUAUUGUUCAAUACUGAUUUACGCAACUCAGUAUCUUUUAAAUGUUGCCACUUUAGAGAUACCUAAAAUAUACCUGGAGCACUGUGGAGUUAAUCAAUAGUUGCAGGCAACAAUAUAACAAAACAAACUGUUUUUAUUUGCAAUGUACUUUAAAAUAUAUAUUCUCAAACAUACCAUUGACCCUGCAUGCAUCCAAAACUCAUUGAAAUUAGUGGGAAUUUUGGGCAUGCCAGGAAUUUAGGUUCAGGCACAAUGUAACUAUUCCAGAGUGGUUUGUUUUUAAAUAUCAUCUGUUUUAAUUCUGUAUUUAACUUUGCUGCCGAUUUUUUUUUUUAUAAAACAAAUUGAAUCUCUUUCCCACCAAUUGCCUUAAUACAUCAGUAGCUGAACAGACCUUAAGUCAACUUUCCAGCACAGUGAACCACUUAGAUACAGAUGAGAUGACAUGUGGAAAGUUCCAACCCAAAUAGAGCAUUUUUGAGAAAAAUUUGAUCAAGUACACAGAAAGGGCUGGUUACCAUGGUAUCUGAGUUGAAGCAUACCUUAUGUGUGAUAUAUCUAGAAUCAAAUACAAGCAAAAUAAGUUUUAACUUAUUCUUCGAUAUUAUGCAUUCAUUUGGGACAAAUUUUCUGUUCUCUCUACUCCUUUGUACCGUUUUGUGAAUUCGGGAAAGCAACGGAACUGCAGGGCAGCCUUCAGAGUAGCUGCAUAAGGGAUAUUCCACAUCCUGUGUGUGGCAGAGCCCUGUCUUAUGGUCUUCCCACAGAGUCUGAAUGGGCAUGUCAGGAAGGGACGUGAGGGACAGGGAAGCAGUUCUACAAACUGUGUUGAUCCACCAGCCAAAACACUUGUGUACUGGUGGGCUGUGGUUAAGUAGGAAGGCAAAGUAGCAAGGGGCUGGUUUUGUUUUUAACUUUGCAUAAAGUAAAUAAUGGAAAUGGGCAAUUCCAGCUACUGAGUGUAGGCAGCUAACGUGUACCCAGAGUGUUUGAAUUGGGCUGGCCUAUGUUUCUCUUGCCAAUGCUCAUCUUCCCCUUCCUGGUAUCUGGGUAGCUUUCAUCCAAUGAAAAGAGAGCCACCCAGCCUUCUCUCUGCUGUGUCUCCCUGAGCAUGCUCAAACUUGUUUGAGCAGCUCCUGCCUCCUCAGUAAUGUUGAAGGGUAGGAUUUAUUCUUCUGUACAGCUCCUGGCGCAAUAUUAGGGAGCCCAUUGUGAUAAUUUUUGGCAGCAGGUGGUGGCAAACAUUUACCUUUUGCAUAUCAUCUGUUAUAUCUUGACUGUAAGAUUCUCUGCAAAGUAAUUUAAGGUCCAUUUCUGUUCGUUAUGAGUCAAUUUCGCUUCUUCUGUAGCCCUUGAAAUGGCCAGUUGGAGUAAGUCUGAUACUUAGGCUCCAUUGAGAAUCCCAGUAUGUGUUGAUAUUCAAGGGGAUCUGGGUGCUUGACUCUCCUUAAGCUUCAUUAAAAAUCCCAACCCUUGUGUUGCACGGGCUGGUAUCUUCAGUAUUGCAUAAAACAACAUUUAGUUCAAAACUUUCUUGCUGGAACUCCCUUUGACUUCAUGUCACUCCUUUGCUGUAUCUCAACAUCCCCAUCUGUAAAAUGCAGUCAGGAUUUAUCACCAUCUAAUAUUUGUAAAACGCUUAGAAAUGCCUGCUGGAUAAAAUCCUGAACACAAGUGCAAGUUAUUCAUUAACAGAGUGUGGCGGUCAUUAAUUUUAUAAAGAGUCUUCAGAGGAUGCUAUUUCAGUUGAAGU